AUGGCAGACUUGCUCUUUGGUGGGACCGACGAGGAGAAUGAAGAGUUGAAGAAGCUCUAUGCUGAAGUGCUCGAGGAUACCGACAGCUUUGAGGCAUGGGAGAAACUGGUGCGCGCAGCCGAGGGCCAAGAAGGCGGAAUCAAUCGUAAUUCAAGCCCUCAGGCUAUCACAGCUACAAGAACUGUAUACGAUCGGUUCCUUGCGAAAUUCCCUCUUUUAUUUGGGUACUGGAAGAAAUAUGCGGACCUAGAAUUCUCUAUUGCCGGCACCGAGGCCGCCGAGAUGGUUAGCAUUCCACAUUUCAUUCUCUUUGAGAAUCGCAUAUGCUGA